AUGUUUGCGGGCCAGCUGUACCGAUGUUUGCUAGCCUGGCUAGAUGAUCUGUUGGGCUAUGAAACGUCUCCCGCCGGGCUGCUCCGUGCUUUGGCUGAGGUGUUGGAAGUGUGUGCAGUGAAGGGUUUGAAGCUACAUCCAAAGAAGUGCCAGUUCUUCGUGCGUGAAGCGAAGUGCUCGAGUCAGCGCACUCCAGCUGCUGCCAUCACCUCGGACGGCGAUCUGCAACACUUCGACGUGUUACUUGCUGAUGUUGGGUGGGAUGAAUCGCAUGUGGCUGCCGUGGAAGCGACCAAGAAAGCCCUGACUAACCUCGUCGAGCUUAGCCAUCCCAAGCCCGACAUGCGGCUGUGUGUGUUCGCGGAUGCCUCGGAGGAACACUGGGACCACGAGCCCCUCAUGUUUUUGAGUGGCAUCUUUACUGGGGCCGCUAGCCGGUGGUCCAUUGUGGAGAAGGAGGCCUAUGCGAUUGUGGAGACCUUGGUGCGUGCGGACUACCUGCUGCAUCCAUCGGCCGGUUUCAAUCUUUACACCGACCACCGCAACCUCAAGUUCAUCUUCAGUCCCACCGCUGUCGUUGCUAGCGUGCCAAAGUACACAGCGCAGAAGUUGGAGCGCUGGGCCCUGCUGUUGAUGGGCUACAACUAUGAGAUCCAUGACAUCCCUGGAGAGUCGAAUGUAUGGGCUGACUUGCUAUCCCAGUGGGGUUCACCGCGCAAGUCGAUCUGUGCUAUCACAAGCGAGUCAUUGCUCGUGUCGCCGCUGCGGAGCAACUCGUUCAAGUGGCCAACGUUGGCUGCCAUUGCUCUAGCGCAACGAGACAGCCUCGCUAACAACCCUACGCCCCCAGAUCCCGUUGUCGUGUGCGAGCUUAGCGAUCAGGACCAGCAUCGUGUGGUACUGGAUGAUGGCGAGCCGUGGGUAUUACGUCUGGUGGACGGAAUGUUGUGGAUUCCCGAUGAUGCGACGGGUUUACAACUGCGUUUGUGUGUUUUUGCCCAUGCAAGCUUGGCCGGUCAUCGGCCAGCUGGGCCGACCUUAGCCAGCCUUGCCAAGUUUUGUCGGUGCUCCACCCUGAAGGCUGAUGUCAAGUUUUUUCGUCGGCCGUUGUCUGCACUGUGCCAGUGUUUUGGGCGCCAGCCCAAUGGUCUUCUGCACUGGGAUUUUGUGUACAUGGGUGACUCGAAGACGGGCGACAGUGAGUGGCGUAUGGCAACGACUCAGUGGAGCGAGAUCCACUUGGUGGUCAUUUUAAUCCUCAACCAGCUGCCUUCACCGUCCCACGGCAACGUGGCACCUGUCAAUGCGAUGUCAGGCCGCCCUGCGAUGUCGCCGUUGGACACCAUAGCCUUGCCUGGGCUAACCAAAUCAGCAACACUAGAGGAAGUCAACGCAAGCCAGCGUGACAACAUCGACAAAGCCCGUGCUGCUCUAGAUGCCAUGCACAAGGUGGUGGCCGAGACCAAUGCUAAGAAACGCGCGCAAGCAAGAAAGUCGCACGAUGCCAAGCUUGGGGACCAAAUGGCCCAGUUUGUCGUUGGCGACUACGUGCUGUGCCAAGAUGUUUGGAUGCACAAGCGUGCCAAACUGCGGACGACAUGGUGUGGACCAGCUGUCGUCACAAACGUUGCUAGUAAUUGGGUCUACGACGUCAGGAACCUGGUGACCGGUGAACAGUGA